GCAGGUCAGCUGACAGAUGUGUGCAGGUCCAGUGUACACGGCUUUGCUGGAAGCACAAACAUUUACAUCACUUGAGGGCAAUUAAGGAUCGGGGAGUGUUGCGGAACAGUCCUUUCACUUGUCCUCUUCGCUUGCACCAUGAGUGCUAGCACCCCGAAAACGCUCCCAACGUCAGGACCGAAAUCCAUCCUAGACAUUUGCCACCCUCUCUCUGCGGAGGAGUCUGUUCGCACCCCAAGCCCAGAUGUAGGCAACACCACUGGCAGCAUCGGAGAGAAGGAUCUCAGCCUACCCAAUGGGACGCCAGUGGACACGUCUAGCCCCGCCUCUUCCUCCUCCCUUUUGAAUCGGCUGCAGCUGGACGAUGACCUGGACGGCGAAACCCGUGACCUCUUCGUCACUGUUGACGACCCCAAGAAGCACGUGUCCACCAUGGAGACGUAUAUCACGUACCGAGUCUCAACAAAGACGACCAGGGUGGAGUUUGACCUGCCGGAGUACUCAUUGAGGCGGCGCUACCAGGACUUUGACUGGUUGCGGCUCAAGCUGGAGGAGACUCAGCCCACUCACCUCAUACCACCCCUGCCAGAGAAGUUUGUGAUGAAGGGAGUUGUGGAUCGGUUUUCGGAAGAGUUUGUCGAGGUGAGGCGAAAAGCGCUGGACAAGUUCCUCAAAAGGGUCGCAGACCACCCGGUGCUGUCCUUCAAUGAACACUUCAACGUCUUCCUCUCUGCUAAAGACCUGAACGCAUAUAAGAAGCAAGGCCUGGCCCUGCUGACCAAGAUGGGGGAGUCGGUGAAGUACGUGACGGGCGGCUACAAGCUGAGGGGACGGCCGCUGGAGUUUGCCGCCAUGGGUGACUAUCUAGACGUGUUCACGCAGAAGCUGGGCACCAUUGACAGGAUAGCACAGAGAAUCAUCAAAGAGCAAACAGAGUACCUGGUGGAGCUGAGGGAAUAUGGGCCGGUGUACUCCAGCUGGGCGGGCUUCGAGGGCUCGCUGCAGGAGCCGCUGGAGGGCGUGUCAGGCUGCGUGGCCAACUGCGCGGGAGCGUUGGAGGAGCUCACCGAGGACAUGAGCGACGACUUCCUGCCCGUGCUCAAAGAGUACGUCCUCUACAUCGAGUCUAUGAAGACCGUCCUGAAGAAGCGAGAUCAGGUGCAAGCUGAGUAUGAGGGCAAGCUGGAAGCCGUGGCCUUCCGCAAAGAAGAGAGAACGGCGACCCCGACAGACGUGGAGAAGUGCCAGGACCGCGCGGAGUGCUUCAACGCCGACCUGAAGGCUGACUGGGACCGCUGGCAGAACAACAAGAGACAGGACUUCAGGCAGCUGCUCACCGGCACGGCCGACAAAAACAUCCAGUACUACGAGAAGUGCCUUGCAGCUUGGGAGUCCAUCAUACCGUUGUUACAGGACAGACAGGAAAACACCAAAACGGAAACAAGCUGAGCUGAUAUCACCUGUCGCAAUAUGCUCCGCCUCUCAAGCCCCAGCCCCACCCCACGGCCCAAUUGUGUCGCUUGGAGCGCUCACAUGACCUGUGUGGGGAUCCCCUGAUUGGUUGGGGUCUGCCCUUAGAGCCAUGUGUGGGGAGGGGUUCACAGACUUGAUAAAGACUGCAAGUAUUAUUAUUAUAAUUAUAGUUUUCGGUCCCAUUCCUCCUCCUCCUGCUCCCUUAUGUAUGUCUAUUUGUGAUGUCCUCCACCGAUGGCCCUGCCUGGGGGUUAGAGUACGGUACAACAGCUCACUCUCAUUCUUUAAAGUGUACGCCAUAAGCACACCAUAUCGGCUAAGCCACAGGCCCGGAAGAAGCUCUCCGACAGGCUCUCCCAGAGGACUGUGAGAUGGACGGACAUGGAGGGGGCAUCAUGGAAGCUAACAUGUACAGUUUUUGUUUUGUGUGUGUGUGUGUGUGUAUGAGACAGAGACUUUAGAGAUAAUUUGUAGUUUUAAGGCAAACGGUUGCCAAUCCUUUUAUAACUUAUGCUGGUUCUCUUGUUUUGUUGUUUCAAUACUGUAUGUUGCGGGAGAUAUAGCGGUAUUUUUUUGUUUUCUUUUUUUAUAUUUGUUUCUUUUUUUGUCUCUUUUGACUCUUUCUUUUUGUUGCGGUUCAUCCUUCAAUCCAAGAAAAGACUGUUGAAGGUCUGCCCAGAGUUUGUACUGGCCAAAGAUGAAGACGUAUCCUCAAGUCUGGUACUGAAGUCUUAGAACCCCACUAGAACCUGGUGGUUGUAGAGUUAUACGACUGAGCUCAGCCAUGUUGAGUUGACCCCACCUCCCCUAGCCCUUGUUCAGGGCGCUGCUCUGUUUGACGCCUGCAUCUUUUUGAAGGUUGUACCCGUCUCCCCUGGUUUGACCUCUCACUGAAUAUUCAUGUGGAAUCUGCCCCAAGGUGACCACUAGCUCGCUGAUGAAGGACGUUGUGUGUUGUGGAACAUCUAUGCCUGGCUGAGCCAAGCUUCACAGUGAGCCCAGGUGUCGUGUGAAGGGAUCGUCACAUUUUGGUCACCUUGUGGUCGCUCACAAGUUUUCUGAGGCAAACGUUUUUUUGCUAUUUCCCACAAAGUUGAUGCAAUUGCAAAAUUGAAGGAAUAGUGGCCCUGUUGUGUAUCUAGUUCAUCCUGCUGAAGACUCAUCCUUUACAUAUGUAUGAAGCCAAGUAACCCUCCCAUGUCAAAUGUGUGGAAAUGUGUGUGUGUGUGAAUUUUUUUAUUUUUUAUUUUGGCAGCAUCAUCAGGUUGCGUUUAACAGCGUCUCAUUUAAGCGAUUUACGCUUUCUGUUGGCGUUGAGGUCUGUUUGUUUGGUUGCUGUUUGUAGCUGUUGUGACUGGACGCUCCCGGCGGAUCCUGACCUAUAAUUUGGCUACGCACAGCGUAUGAUUUUCAGUCAGAGUAGGAGUUUGUGUUCAGACUGCACAGAAAUACUGUCUAUGUCUUGUUGUCUCUCUGAAUUUCUGUCUUCUCUUGCUAUAUCUCACACAUUCUCUCUCUCUCUUUGUCUUUCUCUGCCCCAUUUGCUCUCUCACUCACUUCCUUCUCUUUCUCUCCACUCUCAUUUUCUUGCUCUCUCUGUCUCUCCCUCCCUAUCUAUCUCUCCCUCUGUACAUUGAACCUUUGUGGUCCAUCCAUACCAUAUGCUAUAAACGUAGCUUUAUUGCAAGUGCUCAGUGUGCAUGGGCAAACCUGAUCAUUUAAAUUUGCAAUACAAUGGGCUGGCACUACUAGGAAGCUCUCCCAGCAAUCCUAGAAACAGAUAUACCACAUGAAAAUGAGGAGGAGGCUCCCCUGUAAUGCAUUAUAAUCAUCCCGUCCUGUGUUUUUCUAUGCCUAUUUCCUGUUUUGACUUUGUCUGGGAAGCAGGGCUAGGGGCAGCUCAGAGUGUGUACACAAUGCCACUACAUCUGUGUGUGUGAAUUGGUUUUAUUCAUGGUGCUCCUGUUCUCUCAGUCACAUUGGGCCUUGGCUGUACAGUACGUCUAUUGUCUCUCUCCACAGUCCUCUAGCUCUGUUCCAGUCCAAGCCUAUACAUGUGAUGUGUGGCGCUAUGUUCAGCCUCACUUUUUUCAAGGAUAUACUGGUGUGAGAGAAGGAUAAAUCCUCUCUGUUGGUACUGAUGAGCUAGGUUAGCCACAGUGUGUAUGUAGUUAGGUGGUGGGCAGGUUGAAAUAACCUUAAUAACUAGAUAGUCAAUAAGGCCUUGUAAACACAGGCGACAGCAUAACCUAAGUUGACUUCAGUUGUUAAACCAGUUAUUGAAUGAACUUUACUGUGUGUUGAGUGUUACUGUAUGGUUAUUCAGCAAUGACUGGAUGGGGCUAGUUGCUAGUAAGAAUAACUUCACCUCUCAUCUGUACCCACUAUCCUCGGUCUCGCUACUCCACCACCCACUCAUUCCUACCCCCAAACCCAGCCAGUGAGGUGCAAUAAUGACGUGACGUUCUACUAUGAUUCCAGACUGUUGUCAUCAUAACUCUGGUUAUUCGAGACUAGAGUCCAUCAGAAUUGGCUUGUGCUCAUGUUCCCUCUUCAGUAUGUCUCCUCUCCUGUGGCACACCAGCGCAAAAAAAGCUUUAUUGUUUGUUUCUGAUUGAUGCAGCCAUCACUUAUAAACCACUGUUAGCCCAUAAACCUCAGAGAUGUGUUAUGUUCAUGUGGCAAUGUUUUGGAAAUAAAUGGAAGGUAUUAUGCAUCUCAUUAAGUGGAUGUGUGUCUAACCCAUGUCUGAUGUGUGGUGCCUACCCUAUCUGUCACCCUUUCUGAAACUGCAAAACAAAACAGGUAAAUGAUGACUCCGUCUUGUGCUUAACAGCCUCAGUCUAGUCAGGCCUUAUAGGUUAAGAUUGCCAGGCUGUGAUCAGCUCACCCUUGUGUGGGUUAAUUAUUCUCUUUCAGCCUUGUGACAAUCAGCCUUAGCCUUUUGCUUUGCACUGCGGAAGACUGAUAACUGACGAUAGGCCUUCGGCAGUCAAGGCUCUCUUGUCACAGCUAUGUAUAACCGAGAGACAGGAGCUAGGCCUACUGCAGUCACAGCUAUGACAGAGACCGUGAGGUCACCAGCAUUGAGGUGUGCCUAGAAGAAAGUGCUUUUGACAUGAGGGUGGGUUGUGUAUUCCUGUGUACCUCUACUACUUUCCUCUUAACCCACCCAGGGUGUUUUUCAUUCACCAGAUGUCCAUGUAGCCUUGUUCAAGCAGGCACCUUUCAUUGUAAGCUGUAUGGAAAUCUAAACAUAACAAUCAGUUUAGUUUACUCAGAGAGCGGAGGUAUGUGUCCAUACUAUUGGAAUGUUGAUUUAAAGUAGAUGAAGCAUUGGUUAAUGUCUACAUUGAAAGAAUCUGAAAAGCUGUACAUUAUGUUCUGUUCUUCUUAAGUUUGAGUUAAAGGUGAAGCUCCUAGCAUUUUGUAAAUGUUCUUUUUAUUUUGUCUUUAUGUUUUAAAUAAUUGCCUUUGUGUGACUAUGAAAGAAAAGGUUGUGUUGCCUCUGAUUCAGAUUCAGAUAUUAUUAUUGCGAUAAAUGGGCUACACACAUAUACAAAGCCUGUAGCACAGCAAUAGAAAAGACAUUUUGCAAUGUUAUUCAAUCUCUGAAAAAGGAAUACAAAUUCAAAUACUAUAAAGGGCGGCCUCAUUGAAAUCCAUGUAUACUGUUGACUACUACUAGAAAUACCCCCCAAAAGUGAUCUCUUAAUUUUAUGAAACUAAUGUAACGUUAAACAAUAUAGAAUGAGACUUUGUUCACGAUAGGUAAAUAUCACUCGGUGUAAACCCCGCCCCCUUGUGGCAAACAAAGUGAAACUCAAGUGUGAAGUUUUGUAGCAACAUUUAGAGGCCCAACACCAAAGUAAUCUGUCUUGGGAUCAGUGGGGAAAUUAGUAUACCGGUAUUUGUACUGGCCUAUUGUCUUUCCUUCACCUUUUUUUUUUUUUUGCUCAAACACAUCGCCUUAGCUUUAUUUCCGCAUGGGAGAAUGCAUAUGUUGCUGCCGUGUUAAAUUAAACAAUAGAAAUUUCAAUUAAGUUAUUUGGGGGUAAUUGUCUCUAGCCUACUGCAACAGAAUAGUUUUCCCCAUCAUCAUGAUCAUGGCGGUAUAGGCUAUCGAAAUACAUCCGAUGUUUACUUUACAACCAAUCUUGGCAUAUUUUUUAUUUAUUUUAGAUGCAGUCGUCCGCAGUGAAUUCACUGCAAACGUGUUUCUGUUUACAUGAUUUGGCAGAACAUCUUUGAGAAAAAGUUCAACUGACAGGGCACCUUUGAAAGAGCUCUCUUUUUUGUAUUUUUGAACCUAAAUGUUUAUAAGACAAAUACAGUUUAUUUUACAGUUAUCCCACUGUUCCCAUUUUGGUGUGAAUUGUUUACUGUUGACUUCAUAAAAAUGAAUAAUUUUGAUGUUUAAAAUAGUUUGAGAGGUUUGAAGGACACCCUGUACAUCUAUGUUGUUUUGAUGCUGUUACCUUUACCUCAAAUGAUUUAAUUAUAUUGGACCAAUAAAAUGGAAUGUACUAGGGA